AUGGAGAAACAAAAUACUGUACCAGAUGAAAAGUCCCUGGCUCAGGGCAUUGCAAAGAUGAGACAAGUCAUGAUGCCACAUAUACUUGCAAAUGAAGUUUAUAACUGUAAUAAAGAUAUGCAUGCUCUGUCUCGAGUCAUGUGUGACUUAAACAUAAAAUACCAUGUGAUAGACAUGGAGAAACUGAUCCGGGAAAACAGCGAGGAAUUGGAACAGUUGAAGAGGAUAGGAUUUGCCUUCAACAUUUUAGAGAAAUAUGCACGACAUUUGCUGAAGCCACUCAAAAAUAGGGCAGAUAUGUGGAGAUAUGUCAAGUUUAGUAAUGCCUUCUUUAAGGAGCGUGUUGAUGUGAUUAAGGGAGGUCGUGACAUCAUGAGGCAAAUGGGAUAUACAGAAGAUAUUGAAGGAGGCAUGGCCUUCCCUCAGGAUACGGACAGUGACCCUAAUAAGAUUGCAAAUCUGAUCUGUGACAUUGUUCUCAUGAAGUUUGAAAUCACUCACCUGCUCAACGGACAGCAUCCAGCACCAGAGACCCUUGUUGAUCUCUUAGAGCCACACACCAAAAAUGAGUUACAAGUGUGGCGGUCUGUUAUGGACUAUAGACGAAAUAACAAAAAUUCCAAGGAGAAGAAAGAAGACCCAGUAGUGGUACCAUUAGUUAAUCCUGAAAGAGUUAUACCCACAUUUCCGGGGACUGAGGGCUAUAUACAAGAAUCUGGACUGGAAGGCUCUCAGACUGGAUUUCCUAGUGAGGUUAUGGAUGAAGCCUCAGGUCAAAGACACCCUGGAGGACCCCACAUACCAGCCAUUGUUGAGCAGGCCUGGGACUCGGCUACAUCAGAGAAUUCUGGACAGCAGCAGAAGCCCAGCUUGGUUAAUGAGGUCAGCACAGGAAGGAAGGACGAAGAUCAAUCCUGUAAUAGUGUGGUAUGUGAUAUCUGCGGCAAACAGGCUCCAGAGUUGGUCUGUUCCCAGUGUGACAAUAAACAACUAUGUACAAACUGUGACCAAAGAUGGCACACACAUCCUAAACGCAAAAACCACCAGCGUGAAGUUAUCAAGUCACUUGAUGUAAAGAUGACAAGUAUGAAAGGAAUACCAUGUAGUGAGGAACCAGUUGCCCCCGAGACACCUCCACAGCCAACAACAACAUCGCAGUUAGGGGCACCGGUCAACUCAAAGCUUUCACUGUCAGGUGUACCUGUAACCAAGGAGACAACGCCCCCUGUAGGUGUAACAGGAGCUGGACAUGGAGCACCUACAGCUCAGAGUUGGAUAUCUGAAGACCCACAUGGGAUGUCAUCAAAUGACCUUAAUUCUAGAAACAUAAGGAAUGAAGAAGGCAUCCAGGGAAUGGAAGGAUAUGGUCAGUCAGGGCAGGAGACCCAGUCCAUGUUUAACAGACUACCACAUAAUCUGCAGACACCAUUUGCAAAAUUGAGGUCACCAAGCCUCCCUCAACAGAAGAGCUCCAAUGCAGCACCUGGUGGGCCACCAACCUCAAAACUAUUACGUAGGAUUUUGGAAAUAGAGGAUCUAGAUAGGAGAGAAUCAAAGAUCCUUAUUGAUCUGGAAAUGCUACAACAAGAGAUACUCGAUGUUGAGGACCGGUCUUCUGUCCUUAUAGAUGAAGGGGCAGAUUUUGAUGAUGAAGAAUACAAGAGUUUAUCAAGAAGGAAAUUUAAUCUUCAGAAAGAGAAAAGGGAGAUAAAAAAGUAUUUUUUAGAUAUUUUUCCUCAUGAGAGGCAAAAACAAAAUGUUCAUAGCUCAAGAAAUCAAAUUAUUCAUCCCCCUGUUUCUACACAAGGUAUACAAAUGGAACCUCAGCAUCUUGUCCAUGGAUCGAGAAUGAAUGCCAGCAUGAUUGGAAAUAGUACUGCAUUAUUUGGUUCUCGGGAAACUCCUCUGACCACAAUGAGCCAGCAUGGUGCAUAUGAUGGGGCAUUAGGCCAGCCCUAUGGUACCUAUCAUCCAUCAGUGGCCAGUACAACUGGUCAAACUAUUGGGCAAAAAAAAAUGGAUGUUACGGUUUCCAAAGCUUUGGACUCCAAUUCCAAUCAGGGUUACCAAUAUACUGUGGCGACAAAGACAGGUAUUACAGACUUAGCAAACCAGUAUAAUCCUGUUCCCAUGACUACGCUUCCCUACAGCACGCAGGCACCCCAGUCGCCAGGGAUGUACAGCAGUAUGGGUAUGCAGUAUGGCCAGAAGAUAUCCCAGCCUCUUAUGCCACCAGCUCGACAAUUUGAUCAAGGGCAAAGUCACUCAACACAGCAAUCAGGCCAAAGUCAAUCCCAAGGAUACUCUAUAGCAUAUCCACCAGUCAGUCAACAAGACAAGUCAAUUGAAAAAACAGCAUUAUCUAAAAGAAAUAAUCCUGAUCAGAUACAGAAGGCAGAUCCUAUGGAAGUUUCAGCCCAAACAGAGAACAUGGUCAAUGAGGGUCUAUUAAAAGCUAAAGACUCAAAUAGAGAAUCUCAUAUGCCUUUUAAGCUGCAGAAAGUGCACUACCCUCCACAAGAAGCAGUGAUAUCGUCAGUCGUACCUGGACAAAAAGAGAGAGAGUUUCAACUUAGUGUCGCCAAGCAGGACGUUACUUCAGCCAUGCUCAAUUCUACUCUACUCAACAAACAGGUGCGCAGUGAGAACAAGCCAGUAAAGAGGAGUCACAAUCAUUCUCUUCCUGUUCCAAAUUCUGGAUAUGUCUCAGGAUCUGUGGCUAGGAGUAAGUCUGAGGGUGCCACCUGUAAAUGGAUGUGUGAGCACUGUACUUUUCACAACUCUGCAGAUACCAAGGUGUGUGCUAUGUGCAGCAAGACCAGUAAGAACCCUACCUAUGUGUAUGAUGAAGGGAGAGAGGUAAAUACUAGUGCUGCUGCCCCCAGUAGCCUGGCAGCACCAGAUACCAUUGUAGAUGUGGAGGAAACGAGAGUUCUUGACCAAGCACUUCAUUAUGGACAGCGAGCAUACAAUGAAUACAAACAAGUGGAAAUUGAAAAGAAAGAAGCUCAUGAGAGAUAUCAAGAAAAAUUAAGACAAGAAGAGGCAGCUAAAACAACAGUUAAACCUUUACCAGAGGAAGUUUCAGGAUUUGUGAUGUUAGAGGCACCUUCUCCUAACAUUAAAUAUCCAACUGCAAAACCAGCAGAACUACAACCAGAGAAGAAAAAAGCAUCUGCUCAGCCAGUGACACAUUCACCGCCAAUGUCUUUUAGCAAUGCAGGUUUCAAUGGAAAGAAGGAUUUGAGUUUCACAGAGAAAAUGAAAGAGUUGAACCAAAGAAAGAAACAAGAAUCACUGAUUCAGGAGGGACGCAGCUUAGUGAAAGUACUUAAGGAGGCUGAGAAAGCAGGCUUUGCAAUGGAAGAAAUCUGUCUUGGUUUGGAGAAAUGUAACCAGGACUUUGGAAAAACUAUGAAGUGGCUUAAAAAUGAGUGGCAAAUGUCUAUGGAAACACUCAUUACUAUGGUAACUAACGAAGGAACUAGAAUGGAGCAAAAUGAAAUUGGAGAGCUUUCCUUUCCUGAGGCGAAAAAGGCUCUACAGGAAGCAAAAGGAGAUCUUGACACUGCUGCUGCUGUCUGUAUUGCUAACAGGAGAGACAUGUAUAAAGAGAUAUCCAGCAGAGGGAACUUCGCACGAGAGGAGAUCCUGAUGGCAAUGUUGACAAAUAAAGGUGAUGCUGAGGCAGCACUUGAUGAGCUGAACUUUUCCAGUAUCCAACCAUUUUAUGAACGAGUGUGGGCAGAGUUUGAUAAUGUACCCCUGGCAGCUGGGGCCAUGGCUAGGCCAAUGGAUAUGCAGGACGAGAUGAGUGUGACAAACAGCAUUCUCAGUCACCAUGACUUCUGGGCCUCUGUUACUGAUAGAAAUGUAGAUAUGAAUCGACGAGUGCGAAUGAUACUGGUUGAGGGAAAGCUCCAGAGCUGGGGCAGAGCUGAAGUGGUAAUCAAGAUUUUGGAUGUAGAUGUUGCCAACAACACAGUUGAGGCUUCUCUUGGAGAAAUUGUGGAAGCUGUGAAGAACUGUCAGGAUUAUAAGAGCUCUCUGGUGUACCUCAGUCAGGAAUGUGAAAUCUGCAUGGGCAAGUUUGCUAUGAGCAGGAUCCGUAAUCUAGGCUCUUGUGAGUGUAAGAUCUGUGUAGAGUGUAUGAAGGGUUAUUUUGAGGUGUGUAUCCGAGAGAAACAUGUACGUAACCUGAACUGCCCCCUGUGUAGCCAGCCUGAUAUGGAGGACAGUGACUUGGCUACUAACUAUCUCACCUUCCUCACCAUGUUGCUACAGACAAUUCUCAGUCCAGAAGAUCUAGAAUUGUAUGACUCCAAGCUAAGGGACUGGAACCUACAGAAAGAUCCACAUUUCCGAUGGUGUGCACAUUGUGGUAAUGGGUUCAUAUGGGAUAGACAGGACGUGAUGGGAAUGGUGUGUUCACAGUGUAACAAAAAGACAUGCUACAACUGUAAGAAACAGUGGGAGGACCAGCAUGAGGGUUUGACCUGUGAGGAUUUUGAACAGUGGAAGAUUGACAAUGACCCAGAAAACCAAGCAAUGGGACUUGCCAGACAUCUACAAAUCAAUGGCAUCGACUGCCCCAGCUGUAAGAUGAGGUACGCACUGGCUAAGGGAGGCUGUAUGCACUUCAAGUGUCCACAAUGUGGGCAUGAGUUUUGUAGUGGCUGUUCACAACCAUUUGUCAAACAGGGGCCUUGUGUUGGAUACCAGCGUUGUCAAGGUAAAGGGAUACACAGUCACCAUCCCCGUGACUGUUUCUACUAUCUCCGGGACAACAGUGUUGAGGACUUACAAAGAAUACUCAAGGACAAGAAGCUUCAUUUUAAUCAUGAGGCUCCAGAUUCACAGAAUAUGGAAACAUGUCCAGUGAUGGAACAGAAAGAAAUGGACAGUCAUAAGAAAGAUGAACCAUGUGGACGAGAGGUGUUGAGGGGACAUGCUGGUCUCUGUGUAAAUCAUUACAAGGAGUAUCUAGUGGGGAUUUUAAAUAAGAACAAAGCAGAUCCUGUUAACAUUCUAUCUGUUGGUGAAAUGAAGAAUCUUCUAGAGAGGGAAGAGAAGAACAUACCAGUACAAAGAGAAGGAGAGCGAGAUGGACAGUACAGAAAGCGUCUUGUCUCGUACAUUAAGGAGAAGUUGCCUAUCAAGCGAAACAGGUAAUGAGAAAGAAUAGUUCUCUGAGGCAGUCAUGUAGGAAUGACCACUAUAGGACAUAUCUACUAGUCACCCAGGGACAGACAACCCAGGCCACAUAGCCUUACUGACACUGAAAAACACCUCGCAGACAAGACACCAACAAGAGGAACCUGGUUUUACCAGAUAGCAGAGAAGUAGUUUGAGACUAUGGAUGUAUCAGAUACUGAUGGACACUCAAUUUCUCGAUACAUAUAUCUAAACUCAAACUAGUAUGUUGGUAUUAGAGAGUGGUCAACAAGGCAGGGGACCUACCAACUGCUGGGGACACUGGUCUUAACUCUAACUAGUAUGUUGUUAUUAGAGAUGGGUCAGCCAGGCAGGGGACCUACCAACUGCUGGGGACACUGGUCUUAACUCUAACUAGUAUGUUGUUAUUAGAGAUGGGUCAGCCAGGCAGGGGACCUACCAACUGCUGGGGACACUGGUCUCAACUCUAACUAGUAUGUUGUUAUUAGAGAUGGGUCAGCCAGGCAGGGGACCUACCAACUGCUGGGGACACUGGUCUCAACUCUAACUAGUAUGUUGGUAUUGGAGAGUGGUCAACCACAGGGGCAGCCUGUAAUUUAGGAUCAUGCCACUGUUAGCGUCAUGAGGAUGGUCUGUGAUUUACAAUCAUUCCCUGUUAGCAGCUUUAGGGAGGCCUGUGAUUUAAGAUCAAUGUUUACAUUCCACUUCAUUGAAGAAAUAAGAUUAAAAGUAUUAUGUAUACCCUUCUAUGCAAAAAGAGUCACACUGUACAUAUCCAUUUUAUUGUAUAUACAAAGAUACAUGUAAUGUGUCUUACUGUUUCAUACACAUAGUACACUGUAUGUACCUGUCAGUAGUGUUUAACACAUGUCAUUUUACAUGUUUCAUUUUAGAUAGGAUAAUGACCUGGAAAAAUUAUUUUGUAUUUCUAUCAUAUUUGUGUAUGCAUUUCACAUUCUACAAUAUAUUGGCUUUUCAGUCCAUUUGGUCCUUAAUCCCUUUGGAGAUCUACUCGAGUCUCACUCUCCCUGUUGUCAUCUUUAACCAUAAACUUCUUCAUUGAAAAAUUUCUUCUCAAGCUUGAUCCAGGCUGAUAACAAAACAUCCUUUUUGGUCAUGUUGCUUAGUAUUUGAUGUAAAGGUUGUCCUAGAUUUAGUCAGUUUUCAUCUGAUCCUGAGCUGAAAUAUUUGCUGUUA